GGGACUAAUGGCCGGCAGGUUCAAGCGAAACAAGAGUAUUGGAUGGGUAUAUAGUAAAGGCAAGCUCACCGUUGAUGUAGAACUCAAUUACCGGUAAAGAAAAAAAACAACCUGUAAAACAAAGACCAAAAGAAAAAAAAAGCAAACAACAUUAACGUCAUUGUCAAAAGAGCACAGUGCUACAAUAUAUUAGUUUAUGUGGCAUUAAAGGCACGCCAGCGUUACUGUUUGUUCUCUGAAUGUUUGCUAUAAAGAAGAGAACCCUUUUAAUAAACUUAACAUCGUUUGCAGCACGUCAGUGGGUUCAUAAAUGCUUAGUUCCUGGUAUUAUUAAACAGCGUUGUUGUUACAGCGUGUUGACUGCAGACUCUUUUCUUCGGCAGUCUUUUUGCAAAAUGUCUGCUGAGAGUCAGAGAAACGCCUCGAAAAAAGCCAAACAAUCAAAAGAGACUCUGAGACACAUCAAAACACGAGAACAGAGAAAAAAUGUGGACCAGCACGGACCUGCCACUGUCUAUGUGCAGGUUGUGGGUGCUGGUAGUCGGGAUAAUGGGCCGUCCUUGUACGUUUUCUCAGAAUUUAAUAGGUAUCUCUUCAACUGUGGAGAAGGCACUCAAAGACUGAUGCAAGAACACAAAUUAAAAGCUGCCCGUCUGGAUAACAUUUUCUUAACAAGAAUGAGUUGGCAAAAUGUUGGAGGAUUAUCAGGGAUGAUAUUAACAUUGAAGGAUACAGGGGUUCCUGAGUGUGUUCUGUCUGGACCUCCACAGCUGGAUAAUUAUGUGAAUGCAAUCCAAGUCUUCUCUGGACCAUUAGAAGAAAUCAAAAUAGCUGUACGACCCUACACAGAACCACAGUACUCUGAUAAUACCAUGACUGUUAAUCAAGUACCUAUAUUUGCACAGCUGAAGCCCAGCAAACGGAAGAGGUCCCCCAGCCCAGAGAGAGACAGCCCCAGCAACUCCCCUCGGUCUCGCUCUCCACAGGCCGAGCGCUGGAACCUAGAGGACAGCGAGGAGCUUGUCAACGCCAGGGAGAGAGAGAGCCCUGGCAGACCGGGAGGAAGUCCAAGAAUCUCUAUGAGAGAUCCUUCUUUGGUGGUGGCUUUUGUUUGUAAGCUUCAUCCUAAAAAGGGAAAUUUCUUGGUGGCCAAAGCCAAAGACUUGGGUCUACCACUUGGCACGCCAGCUAUAGGCCCCAUUGUUGCUGCACUUAAAAAUGGAAAAACUGUAACCUUUGAAGGGAAAGAGAUAUUACCUGGAGAGGUGUGUACUCCAGCAGACCCGGGCCCUGCCUUCAUUGUUGUGGAGUGUCCCAGUGAAGACUUCAUCAAACCAGUCUGUAACAAUGAACACCUGAAGAGGUACCAUGCCGGAGGAGCAGAAGACCCUGCAUCCUUAGUUGUUCAUAUGACACCGGAAUCGAUUUUGCAAACUGACAGAUAUAAGGAGUGGAUGGAGAGGUUUGGACCUACUACAGAACACCUGAUCUUGAAUGAACAAGCACACACAAUCCAUAACGUUCGGAGUCACAAGAUUCAAACCCAACUCAAUCUUAUUCACCCAGAGAUCUUUCCAGCACUGAGGAACAGUGAAACAAAGGAGAAACAGGCUGCCCUGCAUGUGCCCAGUGUCCGGGGGGAGUGUUUGCUCAAGUAUCAGCUGAGGCCCAAGUUUGAGUGGCAAAGAGAUGCCGUUCCUUUGUGCGACUCCCGUGAGUUUAUUAAAGAAGCGACCGAGCUUCCUGGAUUCCUGGAAAGAGUGGAGGAGUGUAAACAGUCCCUGGCAACAGAUCCCACAGUUUUAUCUGGGAAAGCUGACCGGUAUCCAGAAGUGGUGUUUCUUGGGACUGGAUCUGCCCUCCCUAUGAAGAUUCGGAAUGUCAGCGCAACAUUGCUGAACAUCAGCCCUACUCAGUCUAUGCUGCUGGACUGUGGCGAAGGCACUUUUGGACAGCUGUGCCGUCACUAUGGCAACAACGUAGAUGAGGUCCUGAGUAAUUUGUCGGCAGUUUUCAUUUCGCAUAUGCACGCAGACCAUCACACAGGCCUGUUAAAUUUACUAUUACAGCGGGAGAGAGCUUUGAAUUCCCUAGGAAGACCCUUCACACCAGUUCUUCUGGUUGCUCCACUUCAGAUCAUGACAUGGCUAAACCAGUACCAUGAUCACUGCCAGGGAAUCCUCAGCCAUAUAAACUUCAUUCCAGGCAGAUUCCUCACAGAGGGAGCUGAUGUUCCCAAGUACAAAACCAAGACCUUCAUCCAGUCCCUGCUUAAGAAGUUAGAUUUGGAAAAGUUCCAGACCUGUGUGGUUCGUCACUGUAAAAACGCCUUUGCCUGCUCUUUAACCCAUCAUUCUGGUUGGAAAAUCAUCUUUUCUGGAGACACGAUGCCUUGUAAUGCUCUGGUACAGCUGGGAAAGGACGCCACAUUGCUUAUUCACGAAGCUACACUGGAGGAUGGUAUGGAAGAGGAGGCUACUGAAAAAAAACACAGCACUACCUCUCAGGCCAUUGGCAUCGGAAUGGAAAUGAAUGCAGAGUUCAUCAUGCUGAACCAUUUUAGUCAGAGAUAUGCUAAAAUCCCCCUCUUUAGUGCAGAUUUCAAUGAAAAGGUUGGAAUAGCUUUUGACCACAUGAGGAUUCGGUUCGGUGACUUUGGAGCCAUACCUAAACUGAUCCCACCAUUGAAAGCGCUGUUUGCAGAGGAGAUUGAGGAAAUGGUGGAAAGGCGAGAGAAGCGGGAGCUGAAACAGAUGAAAGAGGCCAGUUUAGAUGUGUUGGACUCUGACCGCAUGAACGGUACGCAGGCCCAGCCAUCGGUGAACAAAAUUGCAGGAACUGAGGACCCAACCCCUGACAGUAACAAGCGAGAGCUGGAACAACCACACCCAGAGGGGGAGAGCAAAAAACUGAAAGUUAUCUAGGGAGAAGGAAGGAAGGAAGAAAGAAAGACAAUUGACUCUGUGACUUUAUGCACUGUUAAAGGUUUAGUAACAAGGUUUUAAGUCCUACUGAGAUCUCUUUACAAGGGAGACCUGGUCGAGAAGGUGGCAUAUCAUAAAAUAAAAAAACAAACAGCAGCAUUGGCUGAUUCGCUU